AUGAAUUCUCGAAGACCAAAUAGUAGAAGAAGUAAAUACUUUGACUAUGAAAUUCCUUCUGGAAAAUUUAAUAAUGAGUGGGCAAUCACAUUAUAUAAUGCAACAGAUAAAGAUAUUGAUUCAUUAAAACGAAUUGCGAAUGAAGCUGCUUCUGCAGUAGUUUGUGAAACAAGAAACAGAAGUGGAACAAAAAAGAUUAGAGGAUUUUUUGUAUUUCCUUAUACUAAAAAUAUGUCACUACUACAACGAGAAAUGGAAGGAAGAGGUAUUUGGGGAGUUCCUAAAUUAAAGCCAAGUGAGAUGGAACGAUGGGCUGAUGUUGGUGAUAUUAUUGUUGAUAAACAAGGUUCUGCCCCAAAAGGCAAAGUCUCCAAACGAGAAAAAUAUCGUGGUAAUUCAUCUUUUAAUAAACACCCUACUGUAUUAACUACAACUCCAUCAUUUUCAAAUAAACCUUCAAAUGGUUUUCUCAAUACUAGUAGUAGUGCACCACCUCAAACAUCUAAACUAACUAAGACCAACCCACCUAUUUCUGUUUCAUUAGGUAAUAGUUCUUCAGUCAUAGCUGAUUCUCAAAUAUCUAACACUUCUUUAAAAAAGAAUUUCCAAGAAAGUAUUUAUUUAAAAAGAAAAACAGCUAAAGUACUUCCUGUAAUAACAAAUAAAAAAAGUUACUUUAUAUUUGGAAGUUGUAGUGAUGAAAUAGCACUUAAAAUGGCUGAAGAAAUGAAAACUCCAUAUUAUAUUAAAGACCCUUCAAAAUAUUGGGAUGACUAUGAUGAUGAGAAAGUAAUAGUAAUUCUUGGAUUAAAUUCAUUAAAUAUUAAGUGUUAUUCACAACUUCCAUCACUCCUUGGUAAUUAUGCAAUUAAAGUCCCAGGAAGAAUUUGGCCAUUAAUGGUUAAUCCAACAACAGUAAUUAUUUCAUCAUAUGAUACAAUUGAUAACAUAUACAGCUCUUAUCCAGUUAUACAAGAAAUAAUAAAAAAGUGUUGUACUAUUAUUGAUUCUUCUUCUCAAAUACAGGCUUUAAAGACAAUAAAUAUGUCAUCAAGCCUAACAAAUACUCAAAACGUUACAUCACAAGAAGUGAAAAGUCAUCCUUUAAUUGAACCAUUUGAGUCUAUAUCUCAACCAAAAAUAUCCCAACCAGAUUCUUUUAUGAGUAGAUUAAAGGAAAGAGAAAAGGACCACACUAGAACCAGAUCAGAUUCUCGAGACCGUAAUUGUCCUUAUUCACAUUAUAAUUCACGAACUUCUAGAGAUAGUUACGAAUUAAAUCCUGAAUCUGAUUAUGAAAAACGAUUUUGA